CCGGGGCGGGGUGAAGCGAAGCAGCGGCUGCCGUUCUCCGGCUGCGCGGCCGCCUCCUCCCCCUCCGCCUCUUCCUGGCCACGGCGAGAGGAGCUGUGCUGGCAGCGGGGAGGCGGCAGCGGCGCCCAGCUCCCUGCCCGCCAUGGCGAUCCGCAAGAAAAGCAACAAGAACCCGCCGGUGCUGAGCCAUGAGUUCAUCGUGCAGAACCACGCGGACAUCGUCUCCUGCAUGGCCAUGAUCUUCCUGCUGGGGCUCAUGUUCGAGAUCACAGCAAAAGCAGCUGUCAUUUUUGUUACACUUCAGUAUAAUGUUACCAUUCCUGCCACAGAAGAACAAUCUGCAGAAACAGUCUCUCUCUAUCACUAUGGCAUCAAAGACUUGGCUACGAUUUUCUUUUACAUGCUUGUAGCAAUAAUCAUACAUGCUAUAAUUCAGGAGUAUGUACUAGAUAAAAUUAACAGGAAAAUGCACUUUUCAAAAACAAAGCAUAGCAAGUUCAAUGAGUCUGGGCAACUUAGUGCAUUCUACCUUUUCUCCUGUGUUUGGGGAACAAGUAUUCUUGUCUCUGAGAACUACAUAUCAGAUCCAACUUCUCUGUGGAGGGACUAUCCGCACACUCUGAUUCCGUUUCAAAUGAAGUUUUUCUACAUCUUACAGUUGGCAUACUGGUUUCAUGCUUUUCCAGAAUUAUACUUCCAGAAAACUAAAAAAGAAGAUAUCUUUCGCCAGAUUGUCUACAUUGGACUUUAUGUCUUUCAUAUUGCUGGAGCCUAUCUCCUGAAUCUGACCCAUCUUGGACUUGUUCUUCUGGUAUUGCAUUACUUCGUUGAAUUUCUUUUCCACAUAUCCCGUCUUUUUUACUUCAGUGAUGAAAGAUACCAGAAAGGAUUUUCACUGUGGGCAGUUCUUUUUGUUCUGGCAAGGCUUCUCACCUUGAUUCUUUCAGUCCUCACUUUUGGAUUUGGACUGGCAAGAGCAGAAGAUCAGCAGCUGAAUUUCAGCACUGGAAACUUCAAUAUCCUGGCUGUUAGAAUCAGUGUGUUGGCCUCCAUCUGCAUGGCUCAAGCAUUUAUGAUGUGGAAGUUUAUUAAUUUCCAGCUUCGGAGAUGGAGAGAGCAUUCUUCUUCUCAGCCUCAGUCAGUGAAAAAGAAGUUCGUAACAGCUAAAGGAAAGAACUCCAGAAAAGAAAGAGAAAAUGGAAUAAAUGGAACAGUGACCUCAAAUGGAGCAGACUCGCCUCGCAGCAGGAAGGAUAAAUCCUCGUAAAACUGGGUUUUACUAAGUUAAUUGACUAAUGUCCCCAAAGAAUCUGCUUUUUACAUGGAUGGCCCUUCAACACUAGAGAUGUUAUGGAUUAAAGAAAAUACAAUUCAUGUUUUUUGAUUAUUGCUGUUGUUUGAGAAACUUUUUUUAAAAGUCAUUUUGACUAAGGAAAAAGGUUUAUCUGUCUUCAAAUACUUGGGGGAGGGGAAUGGGAUACAACACUUUUUAAAUAACAUUGACACUUUUUUAAACAUUUGUUGGGAGAAAAUAACUUCACUUAAUGAGGAUCACUGUGGCAAUGUGUUAUUUCCUUCCAGUUUUUGUAAUCCCGGUGAUAGAUACUGUUCUACCAAUUUCACAUUUUCUAAGUUCUUCAAGAAGUAUUGCAAAAUUGAAGUAAAAACUUAGUAUGCAUUUUCAGAUACUCUGGCAUUUCAGAUAAUUGCGUUGAUUCCAAUUUACAGUUCAAAUUGGGAUUCCAAAACCACAUCAAUCAACCUCUUUAUUUUGUAGUUAAUAGCUACACAGUGUCUGCCCUAAGAAUUGCCCCAUACCAUUAAAACAAAACUGAACUAAUUGGAAA